AGGGUCACGGCCUAAAGUGUUUUUAUUAGAGAGUCGUAAAUGGAGGGCGCUCCUCGUGAACGAUGGGCCAGCCAGACUGAGUUUCUUUUGUCAUGUCUGGGCUAUGCCGUCGGUAUUGGAAAUAUAUGGAGGUUUCCAUUUUUGUGCUAUAGGAAUGGAGGGGGAGCAUUUUUGAUCCCGUAUCUACUAACUCUAGUUAUCUGUGGCAUACCGCUCGUGUACCUCGAGACAACACUCGGUCAGUUUUCAAGCGCAGGAUGUAUUUCUGUUUUCAAUGUGAAUCCACUUUUCAAAGGGGCUGGCUAUGCAGUGAUCAUUUUAAACGUGAUCGCAGUGAUAUACUUCUCGGCGAUCAUGUCAUACCCAAUACUGUACAUAUACCAUUCGUUCAGCUCCCCACUGCCUUGGCAGUUCUGCGGCAAUUCGUGGAAUACUGACAGAUGCUCCGAGAUUUCGAGUAAUUCAAGUUUAACUACUAAUGUAUCCGUCACUACGCCAGAAGAUGAGUUUUUUCACAUCCGUCUCUUGCACAUGUCUCCCGGCAUCGAAGAAAUCGGUGGGAUCGUAUGGCCUGUUCUUAUUUGUAAUGUCAUAUCUUGGAUUCUGGUUUACCUGUGUAUUAGUAACGGAGUUAAGAGCGUUGGGAAGAUAGUCUACUUCACGGUACUAUUUCCGUAUGUGGUUCUAUUUGCUUUGCUAAUUCGAGGAACCACUCUACCAGGCGCUUGGCAGGGUAUUAUGUACUACCUGCUGCCGGAUUGGAGUCAACUCAAAAAACCUAAGGUAUGGGCUGAUGCUGCUACUCAAAUAUUCUUCUCGUUAGGACCAGGCUGGGGAGGAUUGAUAAGCAUGGCCAGUUUCAAUGACUUUCAUUAUAAUAAUAUAAGGCCAUCAGUGAUAAUACCAUUGGUUAAUAGCGGCACAAGUAUCCUGGCUGGAUUUGUGGUGUUUUCUGUUCUGGGCUUUGCUGCUGAGAGAGCGUCAGUACCGAUUGGUCAGGUCGCGACGGCUGGGCCAGGGUUAGCCUUCGUCACGUACCCGGCCGCAGUUACUAUGAUGCCGGCACCAAACUUCUGGGCAAUCACUUUCUUUGUCAUGUUAUUUUUCUUAGGGGUUGAUACUAUGUUUGUUACCAUAGAGGCCGUGAUAUCAGGAGUGAUCGAUGAAUUCCCCGGCCUGCGACACAGUAAAAGGCUCAUAACUGUUAUCACAUGCGGUGUGUUGUUUCUCUUGUCCAUAACUUGCAACACUGAGGGAGGACUCCAUGUAAUUAGCCUGCUGGACGCUCACGUGGCUAUUGCGACUGUUCCUCUGGUCUGUGCAUUGGAGAUAAUAGCUGCUGUCUACACGUAUGGUCCUAAGAAGCUGUCCGCAGACGUGGCCUUCAUGACCGGGGAACCGCUGUGGAAUAUCUGGUUUAUUUUAUGGAGAUAUAUAGUUCCGGUCUUGCUCUUGGUUAUUACAGUUUAUUCAUUACGUGAGGCAGCUGGCCCGCUAGGAUGCCUUGUCGCUUUUGCCUCGGCAAUCUUCAUUCCCAUCCACGCUGCUAGAGUACUUCUACAAUCAAAAGGCUCAUUUAAAGAGCGUCUCGUAAAGAAUUGUCAGCCGAAUGAACGGUGGGGUCCAGCUGAUCCCGAAAUCAAAGAACUUUGGAAGACCAUGAUAAGGUGUACUUCUCUAGAACUACAUGAUAUUUCUUCUACAACAGACCACAUCGCAAUGAAUUAAUGUCGAUUGUUAAAUAAAGAUUUUUUAAAUAA